AUGGCGGCCGCGCUGGAGGAGGCGGUGGGCACCGUGUGCUGGUGGGGGCUGUCCCCGGCCAUCGAUCUCCGCCUGCACCUGCCGCCGGAACCGGACCCCGCGGCCGAGGCCUCGGUGCUGCUGCUGGGGGCGGCCGAGGGCCGGCACCUGCUGAUGACGGCGGCCCGGGCCCGCCGGGGACCCCCCCGAGCCAUCACCCUGUUCGUGCUCGAGCAGAGCCCCGAGCCCGUGGCCCGGCAGCUCCUGUUCCUCUUGCUGGCGCUGGAAGCCCCGGACCGGCCCAGACCGGCAGCCCGCGCCGCCGCCAUCCUGGAGCUGUUCGGUUCCGGGACGCUCCGGGCCGGCACCGCCGCUCUGCUCCGCGGGGCCGCGGGCCGCCUCCGCCGCUGGGUCACUGCGGACCGGCACCGGCACCGGCACCGGGACUGGGAUGGGCCCGCGGACCUGCGGCUCAUGAAGGUCAGAACCGGGGCUGGGAUCCGGUACCGGGGCUGCACGGGGAGCGGGACCGGGAUCCGCACCGGGACCGGGACGCGCUGGAGGCGGUUCUGCGGCGCUGGGAGCGGGCGCUACCGGAGCCGGUACCGGGGGCCCAGGCGCUACCGGAGCCGGUACCGGGGGCCCAGGCGCUACCGGAGCCGGGCGCUGCCGUUGCUGACCCCCGAGCUGGGGGCUCUGGCGGCCCCCGGGGCCACGCUGCUGCUGGAGCUGCCCACGUGGAGACCCCCGGAGGAUGAGGGGGAGGGUCCCGAGCCCCCCCCGCAGCCCCCUCCCCUCCGCCGCAAAUCCUCGGCCAAUUACCGGAGCUACGCCGUGGAGCCCCACGCCAAGAGAAAAUCCAAAAUCUCAGCGUCUCGCAAGCUGCAGCUGAAGACGCUGCUGCUGCAGAGGGCGAAGCGGGAGCUGGAGAAGGAGGAGCAGGAGAAAGCGGCCGAAAAGAUUCGGGUGGUGGGGGAGCUGUGCCCACCCCUGGCGGCCCUGGAGGGGAUGGGGGUGACGGAGCUGCAGGAGCUGUGCCGGGAGCUGCACGCCCGCGUGGCGCGCGUGGACGAGGAGCGCUACGACAUGGGGACGCGCGUCAGCAAGAACGUCACCGAGCUGGAGGAGCUGCGGCGCCGCGUGGCCGCCGGGCGUUUCGUGAGGCCCAACCUGAGGAGGGUGAGGCUGUCGGCUGACGCCAUGAUGGCGGCGCUGCUGGGCACCAAACCGCGCGUGGGCACCGACCUGAGGGCCGGGCUGCGCCAGGUGCGCAAGGACGACGCCGAGAAGGAGAGUUACGAGGUCGGGGACUGGCGCAAGAACGUGGACGCCAUGAGCGGCAUGGAGGGGCGCAAGAAGAAAUUCGAGGGGGCGGCGGCCUGAGGGUGAG